AUAGAUAUUUCUCUUCAUACAUUUUACUUGAAUGUGUGGUGCAAAAAAAAAACCCUUAUCUUCAACACCACCACCUAUCCUCCAUUCUCAACCCAAAGCCUCCUCUUCAGUUCCAUUUCCAUGGCGACUAACAGUGCCUCCAUCUUCGCCUCUCCUCCUCAGCCUUUAUCCUCUAAACCCUCCAUUUCGUACAAUUCCGCGGUUUGUGCAAUUCAAAGGGGAUUUUCGAGGAGAGGGAAUCGGUUAGGGAAACUUGACAUGCAAGUAAAGGCUGCGGCCGCUACUACAGCUCAGCCUGCCGAAGAGAUCAAAGAAUAUAAGCUUCCUUCAUGGGCAAAGUUUGAGUUCGGUAUGGCUCCUGUGUACUGGAAAACAAUGAACGGUCUUCCUCCCACCGCCGGUGAGAAGUUGAGGCUUUUCUACAAUCCAGCUGCAAACAAAAUCGACCCGAACGAGGAAUUCGGGAUUGCUUUCAACGGAGGGUUUAAUCAGCCGAUAAUGUGCGGCGGAGAACCGAGGGCAAUGCUUAAGAAAGAGAGGGGCCAAGCCGAUUCUCCGAUAUAUUCAAUUCAGAUAUGCAUUCCUAAGCAUGCUCUGAAUUUGAUCUUCUCGUUCACAAACGGAGUAAACUGGGACGGUCCUUACAGGCUUCAGUUCCAAGUCCCCAAGCGUUUGCAAAACAAGCCUCUUGAGUUCUUCAACGAGGGUUUGGCCAAAGAGUUGAGCCAAGAAGGGGCCUGUGACAGAGCCAUAUUCCCCGACACGAACGUCGUCAUAACACGAUGUGCAAUGAUCGGAAACUUGACGGUCGAAGGAGGCGAUCGAUGCAAUCUUGAUCUGGUCCCGGGAUGCAUGGAUCCGAGUUCGCCAGAGUUCAACCCGUAUGCUAAUUUCGACGACGGAUCUUGCCCCAUCGACUCGGACUCCGAAGAGUAGACGAACUUCUAUACGAAUGUAAAUACGUAUAUACGUAUUUGUUAUGUAUAUUGCAUCAACGGCGUACAUUUUUAAAAUGUACACGACUUGUAUUAGUCUUAGCGAAGAAAAAAUAAAGAAUCAAUCAUAUACAUGGAAUCAUAUAUGCGUGAAAAGAAA